GUGACGUCAUAAAGCUGCGCCCCUUCUAGCCCUGCAUUUGUUGUGAUUCGGCUGAAGAAAGGACCGUGUUCAAACACACAGGAAAAAUUCCGGCAGAGUCAACUUGACACACUAUUAUAAAGAUGGCAUUUAUUAAAGAGGAGAGUGAAGAUGUUCAGAUUGAAGAAACAUUAAGAGUCAAACAUGGUGAUGCUGAGGAACAAACAGACCUAAUGGCGCUGAAAGAGGAGAGGGAAGUACGGAAUGAAAUUGAAGAGAAGGAAAAAUCUUUGUCUUCCUUACAGUCUGAAAAAACUUCCACACAAAAAAGAGCUCAAAGGACAGGAACUAGAUGUAAUUUUACUUGCUUAGAGUGUGGAAAGAGUUUCAGUCAAAAAGGAAACCUUGACAGGCACAUGAAAAUUCACAAUAGAGAGAAGCCUAAUGGAUCCCCUCAGUGUGGAAAGAUUUUAACUCAAAAUGGAAACCUUGACACCCAAAAGCAAAUUCAGACUAAGGUAGGCCUUUUUACCUGCCAACAGUGUGGAAAGAGUUUCACACAUAAAAGAAGCCUUAGCAGGCACGGGAGCGUUCACACUGGAGAGAAGCCUUUCACAUGCAAUCAGUGUGGAAAGCAUUUCAGUCACCCUGGAAAUCUUAAAGUCCACAUGAAUAUUCACACUGGAGAGAAGUCUUUCACCUGCAAACAGUGUGGAAAGAGUUUCAAUCAACAUGUAAAUCUUGAAGCUCACAUGAGAAUUCACACUGGAGAGAAGCCUUACAUAUGCUAUCAUUGUGGAAAGGGUUUCAGUCAUGGUGGAAACCUUAAAGUCCACAUGAAUAUUCACACUGGGGAGAAACGUUUCCCCUGCAAACAGUGUGGAAAAAGUUUCAGUCAACAUGUAAAUCUUGAAGCUCACUUGAGAGUUCACACUGGAGAGAAGCCUUUCAUAUGCUAUCAGUGUGGAAAGAGUUUCGGUCAUCCUGGAAACCUUAGAGUCCACAUGAAUAUUCACACUGGAGAGAAGUCUUUCACCUGCAAACAGUGUGGAAAAAGUUUCAACAAAAAAGGAAACCUUAGUUACCAUAUUACAGUUCACACUGGUCAGAAGCCCUUCAUCUGCCAUCUAUGUAAAAAAAUCUUCAAGCGAAAACGAAACCUUAAAGUUCACAUGAAAGUUCACACUGGAGAAAAGCCUCACACAUGCCCUCAGUGUGGAAACAGUUUCAGUCAAAAACGAUACCUUGAAGCCCACUUGAAAAGAAUUCACACUGAAGAGAAGUUUCAGCCAAAAAGCUAACUUUAGGUACCACAUGAAGUUUUACUUGAGGGACCUGUUAAAAUGUCAUCAGUGUGGAAUGAGUUUUACAGACAAGAAAAACCUAGGAACCUAGAAAACAGAAAAACCUAAGAAAAUGGUAUCGAACUGAAUUCAUCCAACACUGAACUGAUUCUAACUACAUUGCUGUUUUUUUGUAGAACUGUUUACAGCUAAACUGACAUGAUUUCAAACUGCUGAACAUCACAGUUAUUGAUCUGAACUGACUUGAGCUGAAUAAAGACACUCUUGGCUUUGAAAGCUGCUUUACAGCAGAAUCUGAAUUGCCUCAGUUGACGCUGCAAUUUUCCUGUUUAUCACUGCAAAGUGCUUUGACACAAUCUGUAUUAUAUAAAGCAUUACAGAAAUAAAGCUGACUUUACUGACUUGACAUAAGAGUAGGGGUUGCUAGAGUAGGAGUUCUCAACUCUGGCCUGCAAGAUCCAUAUUCCUGCAGAGUUUAGCUCCAACUUUGACCAAAGUCACCUGCCUGUGACUUUCUGGUGAUCCUAAAAACCUUGAUUAACUUGUUCAGGUGUGUUUGAUUAGGGUUGGAGCUGAAAUCCGAUCUUAUUAAACACAGCAGGUCCAGCUAAUCAAGUCCUUCAGUGUUACUUAAAACCUACAGGUAUGUGUGUUCAGCCAGUUUUGCAUCCCUGAUGUAGUAUGCAAACUUUUAUUUGGAAGUGUAAAACUUUACACUUUACACAGCAAUUUUCUAAAAAAUAAAAAAAAAUACUUCAGGAGUUUCUGUCUGAGUACACAGUAAAAAAACUCCAAUUGUUGCUUGCUUUUUUCUGAAAAUUUUGAAACUUUAUUCAUUAUUAAAAAAAGACAAAGGGAAAACUGGGAGUGUAAAUUAGCUAAAACUUCUAGUUCACCUGUUUAUAAUGACAUAUGGCACUUGCUGACUGCUAGAAUAGGUCUGAAAAAAAACUAAGAAAACUGCAGGCGUGUCAGGUGCCCCGAAAAUGUUCUAGGUCUUUAAGGAUUAAAUAUAGCCUGAAAACAUCAAGAAGGGGCACCAGUGAUGUUAUAAACAAAUAUCACAUUUUACACCCUGAUGGCUUUUUUCUGACACUUCCACAUCAGAGUGGAGGUCUGACUGGGCCUCUGCCUUUGAACUUCCUCCUGCCCUCUUCAUAGCUGUGUGUACAUAAAUACAUCAUUAAGAUGCUUUUAGCUUCAAACUGAGUCCAGUGAAAAUCUUGUGACAUCUUGUCUGUGAAAAAGUUAAUUUUGCUGAAGUUGAGGGCACAGCUAAACUGAUUAAGAUGCACAAAAAAUUAGCUGCAAUAAAUCACUGACACGUGCAGCAGUGGCACUGCAUCAAAUCUGUUUUGUGGUAAUCUCAUAUUUUUCAACAUGGUCAAAAACUUAAUGGCUUGUGGAACUUUCCCGGUCUCACCCCCUUCUCUCUCUCCCACUUCGUUUCCUGUCCAACUACAUUGUCCUAUCUAAAUAAAGGCAUAAAUACUACAAAAUUAAAUCUUAAAAAAAGAAAAAGAAAAAACACGUACACCACAUCUCUUCUGCACGGCUUGGGCUGAAACAUGCCCAAAUGGCAGUUGAAACUCCCAGCACUGUGCUUGUUUCACCAUGAAGAGCCUCUGUUGCACAUUAGCAUACCAAGCUAGCUUGUCUGGCCAGGAUCCCCUCAUGUCAGCUAGCCCUUCUCCAGUGGAGCUGCCCACCAUGGCAGCGCUAUCGUGGGGUGAACAGCUGGAUACAUACGCCCUUCUGCCCAGUGUCCUCAGCAUGGACAAGGAGGAGGAGGAGGAUGCACUUGAAUUUAAGGAAGAGAGGCAAUCAGAUUUUCUUCUCUCUGAAGAGGAGGAAGAUUUCAAGGAUUCCCCUUUCAUUCCCCCUGUGCAACUGGCACAACCCCUCACUACGGCAGGAUCCACAGAAGAGGCAGAUGGGGCACCAUCCUCUCUGCUUCUUAGUGUUGACCUGCAAAUGCGCUGUGGAGAAACUUAAUAUUCCAUGGCCAACCGUAGUAGCGGAGGCUGCAAAGUCCUUCCAAUCUUUCCAGAGCUUCUGGAAGAGGUUUCUAUCACCUGGAAGUGACAGACUACUAAUAAAAUGCCCGUGCUGGGAGGAUAUGCUCUUGACAUGGAGAAGGAGGGCCUUUUUUGCGUGCUCCCAUAGAGCCAUUAGUCACCACACAUCUGCAUCCGAAGUGCAUGGUGACUAUAAACUCGACAUUGUCAUCAAAAGUGAACCGCUUCCAGUCGAGCAUGAAGGAGCACACUUAAAAAGCAGUCACUCUCUCACUUCGAGCUCUGAAUGCUGUCUCUCUGCUAUCCCCAUACUAAGCGGAGCUGCAAGACAAGGCAGGCAUGGUGGGAGGAAAUCUGUCUCAUCACAGAUUUCUCGCUUUGUCUUCAGAGAUGUACUGUCAAGCUGCGGGCAAGGCCAUGGCCACAAUGGUGAUUUGCACAGGUCACAGCUCGUCCACCCCCCAGUUUUCGCAUUCUUAGAUCCAGAGUGCACCAGAGCAAAAGCCUGCCUGGCCCAGGAAAAAUUAGCUGCCUGCAACAGCUCAGACGGACCAACCAGCUCCAUCCAAACCAGGUUGUGAGGAGGAAAAAGAAGACAGUUUGAGGGGAUCUUCCUGAGGGAAGGGGGCUCACAGCUAGUGCUAGUUGCUAGCCCGCAACCCUCAGUUGUUCAGCUUUCAGUGAAAAGUGAGGUCAGAUUGUAACACUAACAGGUUAUCACUAUAUAACCCCAAAUAGUGUUAGAUGUCUCAACACAAUAUUGAUGAGGUCAGUAAAGUCAGACUAUUUAUUGACAAGUCAAUAAACAGUCCAGGCUAUUCGAUAUUGAGUCCAAAAAAAAAAAAAAAAAACACAUUAAAUAAAAACAAUUAAAGUGUCCAAAAGUCCUCCUGGUUCCUUUUGUAUCCUUGUGUGUGGUGUAAAAUGAAAAUGUAGAAUGUUAAGGACUUCAUUUUCCUUUACUACCUGGGUAGUGUAAGUGUAAGAAUAGCAGCUUAGCUGUAGUUGAUAAGAAUCCUUUCAAAGAAUCAGGUCCGGGUUGAACCUCGCAGUAGGCCCUAAUCUUCAGCAAUCAUGGGGUCGGCUCGCCAUUGUUGACAAGUACACAAUUAACAUCUCCUCGUGAACAAAUUGAAAAUUAAUCCCAACACAUAAAUCAUAAGCUUGUACAUGUUAUCUUAGCUAAUUUAUAAUACACAUGAAUUAAAUCUGUCAGUUCACUGACCUCUGUUUGUAAAAUGUGGCAUUGAAAUACUUGUUUAUACUAAAUAAACAAGCUUUUAACUACUUCUCCCAUUCCCAUGUUUUAAUUAAAACCACAGUGUGAAACUUAAGGGGAUUAUAGGAUGUUUACAGAUGUUCUGUGGGAAAACCUGAGACAAGCUGGGGUAGGGGAUGCAGAGCAGCAAAG